GAGAGAUUGACAAUCCGCAGUCCAUUGCCAUCGGCGUAGAAAGAUGGCUACCAUGUUGUCCCGGACGAUAUCAAUUGCCGAGAAUUUGGCACGUUUUAACGGCUCGAAGAUUUUAGCGUGCAAAAAUGGUAUAGGAAAGCAGUCGGUGAGGAAUUUAAAUGUCCAUGAGCACAUAAGUUACAGUCUUCUCAAUGAAGCUGGAAUUCCCACCCCGAAAUUCGGAGUUGCCAAAACUCCAGAAGAGGCAGCAAAAUUUGCUGCUGACCUCAAUACCAAGGAUAUCGUGCUGAAGGCGCAGGUGUUGGCUGGUGGCCGGGGCAAAGGACACUUCAAGGACAGCAGUGUUCCCGGUGUUAAAAUGUGUGAAACACCUGAAGAGGCUAAAGCCCUUGCUGCCCAGAUGCUAGGAAAAUUAUUGAUAACUAAACAGACUGGUGAGGGUGGUAGAAUAUGCAAUGCUGUGAUGGUGGCACAGAGGAUGUUCCCCAGGAAAGAGUAUUACCUCGCUGUCAUGAUGGAACGAGCAUUCGGUGGUCCUGUGAUAAUAGCUUCCAGUCAGGGAGGUGUCAACAUCGAGGAGGUAGCAGCUACGAAUCCCAGUGCCAUAAUGUACGAGCCAAUUGACAUUCAGAAAGGCAUCACUAAAGAUCAAGCUGAACGCAUAGCUGAGAAACUGGGUCUUGGCAAUGUCAAGGACUACAUUGGUAAAAUAAUUCUCAAUCUCUACGACAUGUUCUUGAAGAAGGAUGCCCUUUUGCUGGAGGUCAAUCCACUGGCUGAGGAUAUCCAGGGCAAUUAUUUUGCAUUAGAUUGCAAAUGUCGGUUUGACGACAAUGCCGAAUUCAGACAGAAACAAUUAUUUGGCCUACGUGAUUGGAGCCAAGAAGACCCCAAGGAAGUGGAAGCAGCCAAGUUCGAUCUCAACUACAUUGCACUCGAUGGCAAUAUCGGUUGCAUGGUGAAUGGAGCUGGUCUUGCUAUGGCAACCAUGGAUAUUAUUAAACUCCACGGUGGUGAGCCCGCCAACUUCCUGGAUGUCGGUGGUGGUGCCACAGCUUCAGCUGUCAAGGAAGCCUUCAAAAUUAUUACUUCAGACCCUGGGGUUCAUGCACUACUUGUCAACAUCUUCGGUGGAAUCAUGAGGUGUGACGUCAUCGCUGAGGGUAUCAUUGCUGCGACCAAGGAGCUCGAUCUCAAAAUUCCAGUUGUCGUUCGGUUACAGGGAACAAACGUAGACGAGGCGAAAGCUCUGAUCGCAAAUGCCGGGUUGAAGAUAGUCCCAGUGGAUGACCUUGACGAGGCGGCCCGUGUAGCAGUGAAGCUAUCAACAAUUGUCAAACUCGCUCACUCGGCAAAUCUAAGUGUCAACUUCGAGAUUCCCCCGAUCUCGUAGAUUCCAUUAAACAAAUUAACUCAAUUCUGUUCGUAUCCAUUUAGACAGUCGCCAAAAAAAAAAAAACAAUGGAAACAAAAUUAUAUAUGACUGCACUCACGCGUGUCAAUGGACACAUCAAAGGUGUUCAAAUGGAAAGGAAAAAAAAAACGUUUGAAAGUGAUGUAAAGUAACAUCAACUUGCUGAUUAUUUUCUCAAUAUCGCGUCUCUGCUUCUCUGUCGAUUUUACCUCUCUAAAUAUUUAUGAUAAUUAUUAAAAACAGGAGGAAUGCGGUUGACGUAUGUUAUGCGAUGAUGCACAUGUAGCUAGUACAAUUCAUUAAACAAAAUCUGAGGAAGUGAUAACAAUGCUGAGCAUUGGACUUCGCUGAUUCACAUUGAAGUGCAGGCAAAAUUAUUAUGGAUAGAGUGUGGAUUCGUUUUACCUUGAACCAUUGACCCUCUCACUUUUUUGUAAUACCUUUGGGUUGCAUGUCUAAAUAACAAACAACAA